AUGUGUGUUUUUGCAGUCCGGCUGUUUUUGGGAGUCCUUUUCUGUGCACCGCGCUCACAGUGCUUGGAGUGUCCUUUUGGCUGUGAGUGCUUUGCUGUCAGUCACACAGUGAAAUGUGUUUCUAAAGAUCUGCUCACGGUGCCACAAAGUAUUCCAGGAUAUGCAAAGACCGUCAUCAUCGCAGGGAAUAAUAUUCUCCAGAUCGGACCUGAUUCCUUUGCAGAGCUGGAGAAUGUCAGCAACAUCAUUUUGAGCAAUAAUAGGAUUACAGAGAUGGCAUCCCACAGCUUCUCUGCCCUCAGCAACCUGCGCUUCCUGGACCUCAGUGAGAACCAUCUGGCCCUCAUCCACCCAGAAGCCCUCAGCAUACCCGGCAGCCCCCUUCAGGAGCUCAACCUGAGCCACUCGCUGAGCAACUUCACCGCUCUGACGGACCUCAUCACGGCUCUGCGCUGGGGGGGCCUCGGGGGGCUCCUCCGCCUCGACCUCUCUGGGAACCACCUCGUCCUGCUGCCCCCGGGGAUGUUCUCGCACCUUCCCAACCUGCAGCACCUCUUCCUCACCAACAACUCCCUUAAGGCCGUCUACAGUGGAACCUUCUCUGGUAUGAACCACCUGCAGCUGCUGGACCUCACACACAACGCCUUCACGACGGUCAGCGCUGAUGCUCUAGAGGAGCUGGAGAUGCUCGGCAACAUCCGAAUCCUCCUUGGAGACAACCCUUACACCUGCUCCUGUGAGAUCAGUCAUUUUGUUGCCUGGCUGAAUGAAUCCAGAGCCCAGGUGGAUGUGGAUGCUGUGAGGUGUGCCUCACCGGGGGGGUUAAGUGACACCCGGCUGCAAGGGCUCGGUGUCCACGCCCUUGGAUGUGUGGUUCCUGUCCAAGAAGAGGCGGAUGAUCUCACCCUGCAGACAUCCUACGUCCUGCUGGGGCUGGUGCUCGGUUUAGUGGGCAUGGUCUUUCUCUUCGUGCUCUAUCUGAAUCGCAAACGUAUGAAGACGUGGAUCAUUGAGAUGAGAGAUGCAUGUCGGGAUGUGUUGGAGGGAUACCACUACCGAUUUGAGCUGGACUCGGACCCUCGACUGGGGCAGAUCUCUAAAGAUGGCGGAAGCGGGGUACGAGGGCAUUCAGGAUUAGAUACGUCUCAGCAGCUGCCAAGUGACACCCAUAUUGUCCAGCUUCCUACAGACACUCAGGUUAAACAGCUGACGACCUCUCCACAUGUGAAACUAUGA